AUGCUCCGGCUGCUCGCGCUGCUGCUCGCGCUGCUGCCGCCGCCCGCGCGCGCCCCGGAGCCCGCCGCGCAGGACGUGAGCCUGGGCGUGGACUGGCUGACCCGCUACGGGUACCUGCCGCCGCCCGACCCUGCCCAGGCCCAGCUGCAGAGCCCCGCGAAGCUGCAGGACGCCAUCAAGGUCAUGCAGAGGUUUGCGGGACUGCCCGAGACGGGCCUCCUGGACGCAGCGACCGUGGCCACCAUGCACAAGCCCCGCUGCUCCCUGCCCGACGUGCUGGGGGUGGCCGGGCUGGUCAGGCGGCGCCGCCGGUACGCCCUGAGCGGCAGCGUGUGGAAGAAGCGCACCCUGACGUGGAGGAUAGACUCCUUCCCCCGGAGCUCGGCGCUGGCCCCGGAGAUCGUGCGGACCCUCAUGCACCACGCCUUGGCCGCCUGGGCCGUGGAGUCGACGCUCCAGUUCCAGGAGGUGGAUUCUCGGGGCGCGCCGGAGGCCGACAUCCUCAUCCACUUUGCCCGAUCCUACCACCAGGACAGCUACCCCUUCGACGGGCCGGGGGGCACCCUCGCCCACGCCUUCUUCCCCGGGGAGCACCCCAUCUCCGGGGACACUCAUUUCGAUGAUGAGGAGACUUGGACUUUUGGGCUGAAAGAUGGCGAGGGCAUCGACCUGUUCGCCGUGGCUGUGCACGAGUUCGGCCACGCCCUGGGCCUGGGCCACUCCUCCACCGCCGACUCCAUCAUGCGGCCCUUCUACCAGGGCCCGGUGGGCGACCCCGGCCGGUACCGUCUGUCCCAGGACGACCGCGACGGCCUGCAGCAGCUCUACGGGAAAGAGCCGCGUUGGCCAGGCGGCCGCCCCACCCGGAGCCCCCUGAGCCCACCGCGGCCGCCGGCCCCGGCCCCGCCCCCGGACAGGCCCUCGGGGCCCGUGCCUGACCGCUGCGAGGGCAGCUUCGACGCCAUCGCCAACAUCCGCGGGGAGACCUUCUUCUUCAAAGGCCCCUGGUUCUGGCGCCUGCAGCCCUCGGGGCAGCUGGUGUCCCCGCGGCCGGCGCGGCUGCACCGCUUCUGGGAGGGCCUGCCCGCGGGCGUGCGGGAGGUGCAGGCGGCCUACGCGCGGCGCCCCGACGGCCGCAUCCUCCUCUUCAGCGGCCCCCACUUCUGGGUGUUCCGGGACCGGCAGCUGGAGGGCCCCGCGCGGCCGGUGUCCGAGCUGGGGCUGCCCGCGGGCGAGGCGGUGGACGCCGUGUUCUCGUGGCCGCUGAACGGCAAGACCUACCUGAUCCGCGGCGCCAGGUACUGGCGCUACGACGAGGCGGCCGCGCGCCCCGACCCCGGCUACCCCCGCGACCUCGGCCUCUGGGAGGGGGCGCCCGCCGCGCCCGACGACGUCACGGUCGGCAACACAGGCGACACCUACUUCUUCAAGGGCGCCCAUUACUGGCGCUUUCCCAAGGGCAGCGUCCAGGCCGAGCCCGACUCUCCGCAGCCCAUAGGCCCCACGUGGCUAGACUGCCCCGCCCCCAGCGCGCGCCCUGGAGACCCCCGAACCCUGAGUCCCCCCAAAGCGACCCGCAAGCCCGGAUCCUGCGAUUGUCGGUGCGACAUCAACCAGGCCGCUGGGGGGCCCUCGGGACCCCUCCUGCUGCCCCUUCUGCCCUUGCUGUUAGGGGGUGUCGCCUCCCUCUGAGGGAGGGGCCGGGCCCGAGGCGCAGGUGCCCGGAGCCCAGGGUAGCGCCCGGACACAGGGUGCCGCGAGCCUUGGGGGCCUGGCUUCUGGGAAGUCCGGCUCAGCCUGGCCCCGACAGCUCCAUUCCCGGAAAAGCCAGUGUUUCCAGAAAGCAGCCCGGCUCCCUGCAGCCCCUCCUCCCUCCGGCAGCUGCUCUGGGUCAGCUGGGCACAGGCUGCAAUGGGAACCGAAGUCCCUCACCUUGGCUGCUCUGAGGUUUCUAGAAGUUUCUCAUCCUACACAGCUUCCAAAAGCCCCCCCCCCCACUACCACAUGGGUGGGGACCUGGACCCAACCCCAAACAGCCCCCGUCCCCCCCUCACCCUGGCGGACAUCAGAAGCCCCUCAAACGGCUCUCCCGGAUGCGGCCUAUGGACCUGCCUUCUGCCUCUUGCCAGGGGACCCGCCUCCACUCAACAGGACGCCUUCCCAUCCCCAAGUUCCUCUUGGGGGCCCCCACACUGGAGUUUCUGGGCUUCCCUCAAAGAGGUCCAUCCCCCGUGCCCAUGAGCACCAGGCUGGGGGGAGACAGUGGCUCAGUCCCUCUCAGUCCCAGCCUGCCGCCCCUCAGCACUGCUGGGUGAAGAGUGGGUGCGCCCUGGGCCCCUCACUUACCCCCCACAGAACUCAGGAUCUAAAUCAGUGCCUCAGGAAUUACACAUCUGGAAUAGUCCACAUCAGAAUCUCACAGGGAACUUAGACAUGCAGGACCCACCCCCGCAGCCUGCAUUCUCAUUCUGGGGGUGCAGUCAGGAGUCUGCACUGGACACACUCUGGGGGCGCCUGAUGGGCACCGGGCCAAGCCAGUGGCUCCUGUCUCUUCUGUCUCCCCUGGCGACCUACCUCUCCAUGGUCUCUGCAAAGAUGAGUGAUAACCACUUAGCAGCCAUCUCCCGGGGUGCCGUCCAGCCGCAGGGCCCCAGGGUGCUGCCAGAGCCGCGAUCGGGGACCUUGACACCUGGGUGGCAGGCAGAAGGGACAGCCAAGCAUGUCCAGUUUGUGACCUGAGAGGUGCAGCCCCCGGAGCGCCAGGGUUGUCACCCCCGGCUGUUGGAUCCUUUCCCGGCAUGAGGAGCUGCGACUUGUAUGUUAAAGCUUCGCAGCCGCGCCCGCGAGCCGUCCGACAAAGCCCUGCGUCCUCCAGCCCGGGGCCUGCAGCACGCCUGCUAGUGGCAGGGACCGGAGGGACCUGACCACUGUGUUGUGCAUAAGUCAGGGCAGGAGGAGGGGUGAAUGGAGGGGAGCAAAGAGAAGAACCAGAGGUGGCUGGGGGCGCCCAGAGAUGUUACAUGAGAAAUACGAGGUGCUUUUGUGCUUAUGUUCUUGUUCAGCGUUGUAUGUUCCCAGCCAUGAAGACUCUAUUGAGUGAAGCACACAAAGGAGGUACCAGGGAGAUGCAUUGCUUUUAAAAAAUGAUAGUUUCAUGUUCAAAGUCUAUGUCUUUCUUGCUUCAAUGGACUUGAUCACAAAAGUGGAAAAGACACCCCACCCGAGGGGCUGUUUGCAGCUGUCAGGGACCCAUAGCCAGCUGUGCCCAGAUUGCUUGCCACUGAACGAUGAACAGAUAAGUGACCCAGUUUAAAAGUGCUCAUGAGGUCACAGCACAUUUCUCCAAGAGAGGGACCCGGAUGAACAGUGCAAACAGGAACCACAGAACUGCCAGGAGCCCAGCUCACGCCCACCCCGAUGGCCCGGGAAUAUUUACUCAGUGGCAGGAAAGUCCCCAGGACAAAGAGUGUAUUAGGUGAGAGCUACAUUUUACCCUACGGAAACUGUACAACCGCGAGGUCUGUGCAGUGUCAGCCAGAGGAAGCUCAGGCUUAACCUCCUCCUCUCUAGGGCGUGCGCUGCGGAGGCUGGGCA